AUAAAGCAAAAUUUUUUGCUUCGUGCCGUACUGAUGUGGACAAUUAGUGAUUUUCCAGCAUACUCGAUGUUGUCUGGUUGGACAACGCAUGGUCGGCUAGCUUGUCCGUACUGUAUGGAUGAGACCGACGCAUUUUGGUUGCCGAACGAGAGAAAAACGAGUUGGUUUGAUUGUCAUCGUCGUUUCUUGUCAAGGAAUCAUGCAUUGCGCCGAAACAAGAAGAAUUUUCGUAAGAAUCGCGUGGUAAGUAAUUCUAGUCCGCUUGAACUGACGGGAGAUGAAAUAUUAUUCGAACGGAUUGAAGACUGUGUGAGAUCAUAUGGGUUAGGGGUUACUACAGAAGUCGGUGGAAAUGGUCAUUUGCCGAUUCAAGGAUAUGGCGAAUAUCAUAAUUGGCACAAAAAAAGUAUAUUUUGGGAAUUGCCAUAUUGGAGACAUCACAAGUUGCGACACAAUCUUGAUGUCAUGCAUAUCGAGAAGAACUUUUUCGAUAACAUCAUAAACACGGUGUUGAAUGUACCUCAAAAGUCGAAGGACAAUCCAAACUCAAGGAAGGAUAUAAAAUCAAUUUGUUUGAGGAAGGAGUUGGAACUUACAGAAGAUGGGAAGGCACCGGUUCCAGUUUUUCGUGUAUUUGGAGAAGCGCAGAAGAAUUUUUUUCGGUGGUUGAAGGAUGAUAUAAAAUUUCCUGAUGGUUACUCUUCAAAUCUGGCGCGAUGUGUUGAUAUUGGAGGGAAUAAAUUAACGGGUAUGAAAAGUCAUGAUUGUCAUGUCUUUAUGCAACGAUUGCUUCCAAUAGCAUUUGCAGAACUACUUCCACAUCAUGUACACGAGAGUCUAUCAGGGAUCAGCUCAUUUUUUCGGGUGAUUUGCAGUCGGACGCUUAAACUUGAAGAUAUCACCAUGUUGAAACAAAACAUAGUUCUGGUGGAUGUACCCGUUUGAAAGAUUUAUGUACCAUUUGAAGAAAAAGGCAAAACAAAAAAUCUUUGUUGAAGGAUCAAUUGCUGAACAGUAUAUCAAUGAGGAAAUAUCAUUCUUUACCUCAUAUUAUUUUGAAGA